UAUGGAAGAAGAAACUGUCCCCACCCCAUUAAUCAACCGUUUGCCUUUCUGCUACUGCUGCUUCUGCUUUGCUAUUUAUUACGCCAUUCCCACUCUCACUCCAUUUUUGAUUUGCUCUCUUUCUUUCUCUCUCUCUGUCUGAAAUUAAUUUCUUCGAUGCCCUUCUUCCCUUGCACUCUUUUGAAUUUUUGUCUGGCGGCUUUUGGUUUUGGGUUUUCGUUUUGUCCUAAUCUUGGAAUUCGCGAAAUCUUCCUGGAUGGAUAUGCCUGUCUUCGUGAAGAAACUGGUCGAGAAGGCUUCUUUGAAGAAGCCUGCGGGAUUAUCCGAUAACUUGAAGCCAGAUGAGGUGAAUCCUCAUCUGGUUUUCCAUUAUGGAAUUCCAUCGGGAUCCAUAAUGCUCGCAUACGACUCCAUUCAACAAAUUCUUGCUAUUUCGACCAAAGACGGACAAAUCAAAUUGUUUGGUAAAUGUGGCUCUCAAGCCAUAUUGGAAUCUCCCGAGACAGCCCCGAGCAAAUUUUUGCUGUUUGUCAAGAACCAGGGUAUACUUCUUAAUGUAAAUGCCAAUAACCAUAUCGAGGUCUGGGAUAUCGACAGGAAGCAUUUGUCUGCUGUCCAUCACUACGAGAAAGACAUCGCCUCAUUUGUUGCCAUGCACAAUGCGCCUUAUCUGUAUGUCGGAGAUUCUUCUGGUAAUGUGUCGAUCUUGAGGCUUCACCAAGAGCAACAUACCAUUGAACAGAUGAAGUACCAAAUUCCUCUUUCAGCAUCUCAUGGAAAAUCGAGCGAAGCUGAGAAUGAUGUCAUGGUAAAAUUCAUACUUUGUCACCCCACUGCUGAAUCUAAAAGGGCCCUUAUUAUCUUUUCUGACGGUGGAAUUACUUUAUGGUCGAUUCGAGAAAGCAAAGCUAUAUUUACCACGUGUGGUUCGACUACGGUACAACUAAUCCAUCAAGAUGCAAAGAAAGUAACAGCAGCAUGCUGGGCUUGCCCUGUCGGCACUAAAGUAGCCGUUGGAUACAGUAACGGGGAUAUAACUGUGUGGAGCAUUCCUAGUUAUCAAAAUGAGCUGUCUUCUAGUCAGAUCACGCCGGCUUAUAAGCUGAAUCUUGGAUAUAAGGCCGAGAAAAUCCCAAUAUCAAAGAUGAAGUGGAUUGACUCAGAUGGAAAAUCGAGUCGCCUUUAUGUUUUAGGUUGGUCGGACUCUACUACAAACACGGUUCAGGUAGUUCUGCUGAAUGAACAAACUGAAACUCGGACAAUUAAAUUAGGACUCCAACCUCCCGAGCCGUUGAUUGAUUUUGAAAUUGCUACAAGCUCCAUCGAACAAAACAAGAAUAGAUGUGAUCCACUUCUUUUGCUCGGGAGGUCAGGUCAUGUCUAUGCCUACGAUGUGUAUUCAAUCGAAAGAUACCUGACGCAGUCGCAAAAUAAAUCAUCUCCUUCACUUCCGAAAGAGUCGUUGAUAAAGCUACCGUACUGUGAUUCUAGCAUUACAGUCGCUAAAUUCAUUACAGGUGUUCCUUGUUUGCUCUGUUCUGCAGAAGAGGACAUCAACAUGCUGGAGAAGAACAGUCUCCCACUUUUUCCAUUCGAAAGAAGUGUCAAAGACGGAAGCAACUCCUUUAGUUCAUUUUCCAAGGCACAGAACUUGUUUAUUACAGGGCAUAGUUCCGGGGCAGUUAACUUCUGGGAUGCGUCUCGCCCGCUGUUUCUUCCGUUAGUGUCUGUAACUCAACAGAGUGACAAUGAUUUUUCUCUAAGCGGCAUACCAGUAACAGCAUUAUACUACAGCAUCGAUUCACAUGUUCUUGUGUCUGGAGAUCAAAAUGGAACGGUUCGCGUAUACACAUUUAAACCGGAGCUGUUUGCCCCUCAGAACAAUUUUUUGUCCUUCCAAGGAAGUUCAAAGAAGAGCAGUCAAUACGUUCGAAGAGUCAAGGUUAUAAAGGUUAAUGGAGCAGUUCUUUCAAUAAAUGCUACUGAAAAUAUGAAACAACUUGCCAUUGGAUCUGACCAAGGAUAUGUAACUUUAAUUGAUCCAGAAGGUCCAAAUGUCUUGUACACAAGACAGAUCGCGAGUGAAUUCAGCACAGGUAUUAUCUCCAUGAAUUUCGGGACUUGCAGCUUCCAUGGCUUUGAGAAAAAUGUCAUGAUUGUGGCAACAAAAGAUUCAUCUGUUUUAACAUAUGAGAAGGAUAGUGGCACUACACUAAGCACCGGCGUAGUUCGUCCGAAAAAACCAUCGAGGGCCCUAUUUAUGCAGAUUUUGGGAGCAAACUCUGCGGAUAGUGCAGAUUCAUAUCUACUGCUGUGUUCUGAGAAAGCCAUUUAUGCAUUUUCCUUACCACACUUAGUCCAAGGUGUUAAGAAAGCACACUACAAAAAGAAGUUCAAUUCGCCGUGUUACUGGGCAUCAACUUUUGGAUCUCCUGACGUUGGACUUAUUAUUCUUUUUGCCACUGGAAAAAUCGAGAUUAGGUCCUUACCAGACUUGUCUCUUUUAAAGGAAAGUUCAGUAAGAGCACUAACAUUUUCAUCUUCGAGACUGUCCUCAAUGUCUGACAUUAUAGUUUCAUCGUCCCAUGAUGGUGAACUUAUUAUUGUCAAAGGUGAUCAUGAAUUAGUACUCGUGUCAACCUUUCUCCACAAGGAGGCUUACAGGUGUCUGGACUCGGGUACCCGAGUUCUGCACAAAGAAUUAGUCAAUGCUCAAGCACUCGUCUCCUCUCCCGUGAAAGAAAAAAAGAAGGGAAUGUUCGGUUCUGUGAUCAAAGAAAGCAAAUCUACAAAACCAAAAAGUAGGCUUGAGGUAGAAACAGAAGAUUCUAGAGAAAGCAUUGAGGAGCUGUGGACUGUAUUCUCGGCUGCUAAUUUCCAAAAUCUGAAUGAUACUGAAUCCGAGGAGAAUAUUGAUACCAAUAAGGCAGUUGUCGAUUUGGAUAUAGACGAUAUUGACAUUGAUGAUCUGAAGGAGAAGCCGAGGGGAAAUCCGGUUAUUGCAGGAUUCAAUAAGAAUAUAACAAAUAAAUUUCAAGCAAUUAAAGGGAAGUUGAUACAUGCCAAGGUGAAGAAUGAUAAAGUUGCUGUAAACAACGAGCCUCAUGAAGAGAAGACCGGUGCUGUCGAUCAAAUAAAGAAAAAGUACGGCUAUGCAAUGUCCAGUGAUACAAGUGCUGCAAAUGCCGCAAAGACGAAGCUAAGUGAAAAUUUGAACAAGUUGCAGGGAAUCAGCAUGAAAACGACGGAGAUGCAGGAUACGGCCCGGUCCUUUUCUUCGAUGGCCAAGCAAGUGUUGCGCUUCUCGGAAACUUCGAGUUCCAAAAAAGAGUGAUUUUUUUUUUUUUCUUUUUUUGUCUGCACAUAUUUUGCAUUCAUUUUGUUUUGUGUAUAACGUUGGUUGUUGGCGAGCAGUGUGGUCUUGUCUGGUCAUGGAUUCCUUAAUUGUUUCGUAUAAAUUGAUGAAUCUUCAACUGAACUAAUUAUUUGUAUUGCAAAGGCAAGGCAAGGCUGCUGAGUGACUCAUUUUGUGAUGUAUAUUUGGUUGUGUAGAAUUCAAGUAUAUUUGUGUAUUUCAGUAUUCAA